GUUCCCGGCGUUCUGACUUCCCUCCCGCGCGCUCUAUAAAAUUGUCGCGCGGGGCCACGGGAAAAUAUUCCCAGCGUACCCCUGCCACGGUAGAACUCUGAAGAACUUUCGAAUUUCUGGCUGGCUUUUUUUAAAUUUUGGAACUUUUAAAUUUUGGAACAACCGUACAAAAAGUAUCUGGACAACUAGUUAAACAUAGACGCUGUAGGGACAACAAAGCAGCUUGACCAUCCUUUGAAUUGCAGACAGACAAUAGAAGAGAUAGAGACAGAAAACAGACCAAUCACAUCACUGAAACACCAACCCGUCAAGAUGGCCGCUCUGUGGACAACCGUCAUGUUGAUCAUCCUUACGUCAUCAGUUCUGGGAAGUGAAGUGCCAGACGGGGAGAUCAAAAAGAAAUCCGCAAGUCACAUGACCAAUGACAUUGACCUUGAAAGAAGGCAAAUCGAUUCCAUAGGAAGUGGUUUCAUUAAAAGGCCUAUCGAUUCCAUAGGAAGCAGUUUCAUCAAGAAAAAUAUCGAUUCCAUUGGAAGUGGAUUCAUUAAGCGACCAAUUGAUUCUAUUGGUAGUGGGUUUAUUAAAAGGCAAAUCGAUUCCAUAGGAAGUGGUUUCAUCAAAAGGCCUAUCGAUUCCAUUGGAAGCAGUUUCAUCAAGAAAAAUAUCGAUUCCAUAGGAAGUGGUUUUAUCAAAAGGCCUAUUGAUUCCAUUGGAAGCAGUUUCAUCAAGAAAAAUAUCGAUUCCAUUGGAAGUGGAUUCAUCAAAAGGCCUAUCGAUUCUAUUGGAAGUGGAUUUAUUAAAAGGCAAAUCGAUUCCAUAGGAAGUGGUUUUAUCAAAAGGCCUAUUGAUUCCAUUGGGAGUGGAUUUAUUAAAAAGAAUAUCGAUUCCAUUGGAAGUGGGUUCAUUAAAAGGCCUAUCGAUUCCAUAGGUAGUAGUUUCAUCAAGAAAAAUAUCGAUUCCAUUGGAAGUGGAUUCAUCAAAAGGCCUAUCGAUUCCAUUGGAAGCAGUUUUAUCAAGAAAAAUAUCGAUUCCAUUGGAAGUGGAUUCAUUAAAAGACCUAUCGAUUCUAUUGGUAGUGGGUUUAUUAAAAGGCAAAUUGAUUCCAUAGGAAGUGGUUUUAUCAAAAGGCCUAUUGAUUCCAUAGGAAGCAGUUUCAUCAAGAAAAAUAUCGAUUCCAUUGGAAGUGGAUUCAUUAAAAGACCAAUCGAUUCUAUUGGUAGUGGUUUUAUUAAAAGGCAAAUCGAUUCCAUAGGAAGUGGUUUCAUUAAAAGGCCUAUUGAUUCCAUUGGAAGCAGUUUCAUCAAGAAAAAUAUCGAUUCCAUAGGAAGUGGUUUUAUCAAAAGGCCUAUCGAUUCCAUAGGAAGUAGUUUCAUCAAGAAAAAUAUCGAUUCCAUAGGAAGUGGCUUCAUCAAAAGGCCUAUCGAUUCCAUAGGUAGUAGUUUCAUCAAGAAAAAUAUCGAUUCCAUAGGAAGUGGUUUCAUCAAAAGGCCUAUCGAUUCGAUAGGAAGCGGAUUUAUUAAAAAGAGUAUCGAUUCUAUUGGAAGUGGUUUCAUUAAAAGACCAAUCGACUCGAUCGGCAGCAGUUUUAUCAAACGACACGGAAACUACUACGAUUACGAUUCUGAGAACGAAACCAGUCGGCCAUUUCAAGCCGUGAAUUUCGACGAUACCGAGCAUGAGCUGAGGAAGAAAAGAAGCGCGCAGUUUCGAUUACUGGAUCGAAUCCCACUCAAUCAGAUCAUCAACAGCCUGUACCAGCACCAGACGACGGCCGGUGACGUCACAUACGAUGACGUCGUCCGGCUGAUGGAUCUGCUGGACGCCAGAGAAGAGGAAGAGAACAUGCUGGAGAGCGGUCAAGGUCAGGAUGACGUCAUGCCGGGCUACCCAAUGGAAAGCUACCCAGGCGAACCGUACGAGCCAGUGAGGAGUUAGGGAAACGUGUCAAGCUUACAGCGUUAGAUGGAGUUUAAGCCUUAAACGUCAUGCGUGUUAGUUACACGAUUUUUAAACUUUGAAAACACAAGAACUUACUAAACCACGGGGAACAGUUUUAUUCCAGCAGUCAGCAGUAAAAAAUGUCAGUGACCCACUUUGGAGUCGCCUCUCACGAAGAGAGACCGACGACACCAAAACUUUUUUUUAAAUUUUGUUUUGUUUCUGUACAGGCACCCCCACCCCCCUUCUGAUUCCACGUCUGUCACAUUCCUGACUAAAAAAUUUACCCGGCACCCAGUUCUAAUUUAUUGUUUCGUUACGAAAUAAAGUCACAAAGAUUGUAAUAACACAAGU